AUGGCCGCAUCCUUCGCCCGCCUGGCGGGCAAUGGUCCCAAAAGGCUCUGUCUCCGCCCCUCCCACUUCCUGAACACAUCUGUGCCUCGCUCCCGCUCAAUUGCUACUACUGUGCCUCGUAGGCAGGCCGAAGCGACCAGCUACCAGGCCACACGGCUGAUUCCGACCGACCCGACCUUCACCUCCUUUGCCAACAAGGGCCUGCCCGAAGACCCCGAUGCUCCUGGUCUGGAAUCCGAAGCCGAAGGUAUCGACCGUAAGAUCCGCCACUACACCGUCAACUUCGGUCCUCAACAUCCCGCUGCUCACGGUGUGCUUCGUCUGAUUCUGGAGCUUAAUGGCGAAGAGAUUGUCCGCGCGGAUCCCCAUGUCGGUCUUCUGCACCGUGGUACCGAGAAGUUGAUCGAGUACAAGACCUACAUGCAAGCUCUGCCUUACUUCGAUCGAUUGGACUAUGUCUCCAUGAUGACCAACGAGCAAUGUUUUGCUCUGGCUGUCGAGAAGCUCUUGAAUGUGGAGAUUCCUGACCGUGCCAAAUGGAUUCGGACGAUGUUCGGCGAGAUGACCCGUAUUUUGAACCAUCUCAUGUCCGUGCUCUCCCACGCCAUGGAUGUUGGUGCGCUGACUCCAUUCUUGUGGGGAUUCGAAGAGCGUGAGAAGCUCAUGGAAUUCUACGAACGAGUUUCCGGAGCCCGUCUCCAUGCCGCCUACGUUCGCCCCGGCGGUGUCUCGCAGGAUCUGCCCCUUGGUCUCCUGGAUGACAUCUACCAGUGGGCUACUCAGUUCGGUGACCGCAUCGACGAAACCGAGGAGUUGCUCACGGACAACCGUAUCUGGAAGGCCCGUACCCAGGGUGUCGGUGUUGUCAACGCUGCUGAUGCGCUGAACAUGAGUUUCACCGGUGUCAUGCUCCGUGGAUCCGGUGUGCCAUGGGAUAUCCGCAAGUCGCAGCCAUAUGAUGCCUACGACCAGGUCGAGUUCGAUGUUCCCGUCGGUAUCAACGGUGACUGCUACGAUCGUUACCUUUGCCGUAUGGAGGAGUUCCGUCAGUCUCUCCGUAUCAUUCACCAGUGCUUGAACAAGAUGCCGGCUGGCCCCGUUCGCGUUGAGGACUACAAGAUCUCACCCCCUCCCCGUGCCGCCAUGAAGGAGAACAUGGAGGCUCUUAUUCACCACUUCCUCCUCUUCACCAAGGGUUACUCAGUGCCCCCCGGCGACACUUACUCCGCUAUCGAGGCUCCUAAGGGUGAAAUGGGUGUCUACCUUGUCAGUGAUGGCAGUGAGCGCCCUUACCGUUGCAAGAUCCGUGCUCCUGGGUUCGCCCACUUGGGUGGUUUCGACCAAGUUUCUCGUGGUCACCUUCUGGCUGAUGCCGUCGCUAUCAUCGGUACUAUGGAUUUGGUGUUCGGUGAGGUUGACCGGUAA